UAAUGAAUUCCAUCCCUAACAAAGGGGAUAUGUAAAGUAAUUUACAAACUAUGAGUUUUAGUCAAAAGUAAACCUAAGAUUUCAAGCAGUACUGGCUUACCACCACUUCUUUCACCAAGAAUUAAAAUUGAUCCAAUAAAAACAGCUCAAAUUCCCCCGGGUUUUAGAUCAAUUUCAACAGUGAAAAAGAAAUCAAUAGAAAAGAAGGAAGAUACUAGACCAGUUACAGACAAUACAUAAAACUAGAAAUGUUAUCCAUCAACUAAAAAAUAGAGAGCAUAGGGUCUCAUAAUUCGUAAACUCUAGAAUCGUCAAUCUAAAUUAAAAACUACAAAUUAAGAAUCAUAAGAAUAAAUAAUGAAUAAAUUUUAAAGUCCUGCAGUUAGAAUGCUUGAGUUCCCUAUUAAUGGUAUUGAUUAUCUAUUACAUAGACUUUCAUGAUGAUACAAUAAUAAAGGAAGAAAUGUCCUAACAAAAUGAAUAAGUGACAGAGAAUAGAUUCAUAACUAUGAAAAAUUAAUCUUUUUCAAGUUCUUAAAUGUUUGUCUUAGAAUCUUCAAAUUCUAAUAAAUAUGUCUAAGAUUCAUCUUCUAAUUCAUAGUUUGAUUACCAUUCUUAGAUACCUACUUUUACUGAAGGUGAAAUGAUUGGUGCUGGUUCAUUUGGAUAAGUAUACAUAGCACAAGAAAAUAGAACAGGCAAGAUUUAUGCAGUAAAAAAGAUAAAUCUAAAGGGAGACUUUGAUUAAGAAGAUUUAAAAGGUUUGAAAAGUGAGAUAGAUCUCCUUAAAAGAAUUAAACAUUAAAACAUCAUCCGUUAUGUUUGGAAUUGUGAAAAUGAAGAUUAUUGGUUAUUAUAUUUGGAAUAUUUAUCUUAAGGUAUUUCAAUACUAUUAUUUAUAGGUACUUUAACCUAAUUAAUCGAAAAGUUUGGGCCACUUUAACUUAAUACAAUUCGAUAAUAUUCUAAACAAAUAUUGUAAGCUAUAGCAUAUUUGCAUGAGAAUAAUAUCAUCCAUAGAGAUAUCAAAGGAGCCAAUUUGCUAUUAGGAGUUGAUGGUGAAAUUAAACUAGGAGAUUUUGGAUGUAGUAAAAUUAAAGAGAAAACUAUUUAAAGAUCUAAAUAAAGUGGAGAUAUCUUACAUUCUUUAAAAGGAAGUAUUCCAUACAUGGCUCCAGAAGUAAUACUUUAUUUCAUUUUCAGGUUGCUAGUUAAGAUGAGAAUUGUAGGGCUAGUGAUAUUUGGUCAUUUGGAUGUACUGUUUUAGAAAUGGCAACAGGAAAAAAACCAUGGCAUGAACACAAUUUUGAUAAUCCUUUAAGUGCUCUUUUAUAUAUUAUCACGGAUAAUUCAAUUCCUCUAAUACCAGAUAACUUGGAUGAAGAUCUAUAAUUAUUUAUUAAACUUUGUUUAUAAAGAGAUCAUAAAUAAAGACCGACUGCCAUACAUUUGCUAUAACAAUAAUUCAUAAUUAAUUAAUGA